AUGCCAUCUUAUCCAAGUCCAAUACCAGCACCUAUAUUUGAUUCUGAUGAAUCUGAUGUAGCUAGUCAACAAUCAAAUGACAGUAGUAAUUAUUUAUCAUUACAAUUUAAUCAAUAUACACGUUUAUCAUUUUCACCACAAUUAAAUUUUGAUGAUAAUCAAGAUAAUUUUAUAUAUAAUAAUAGUAUAGAAUCAACACCAACAAAAAUUACAAAUUCAACAAAUAGAAAACGUAAACGUACAAAUGAUAAAUUUGAAUAUCAAACACCAAAUCAAUCACCAUAUACAAGACGUAAAAAUCUUGAUUAUACACAACAAAUAACAAUUCAAACACCUAAAAUUCAACGUCGUUCACGUAAUAAUCAAAAUCAAUCACCAUAUAUUAAUAAAUCAUCAUCAUCAUCAUUAACAUUUACAGAUCUAAUUAAUAUAAAUCCAUUUAAAACUAAACAUCAUUAUCAAACACGUCUUGUUAAAAAAACACAAUUAUUAUUAAAAAAUUUUUUUAUUCAACGAUAUGAACAAGAAUUUCAUUAUGAAUUAUGUCUUGGUUCUGGUGAAUUUUCAUAUGUUUAUUUAUGUAAAAAUCGUCUUGAUGGUUUAAAUUAUGCAAUAAAAAUUUCAAAAAAUUCUCUUAUUGGUACAUCAUAUGAACAACAAGCAUGGCGUGAAAUAUGUGCAUAUGCAUAUUUAUCAUCACAUGAAAAUUUAAUACGUUAUUAUUCCGGAUGGAUUGAAAAUGAUGGAAAAUUUUUUUUACAAUUAGAAUAUUGUAAUGGUGGUUCAUUAGAUGAAUUAAUUGAAAAAAAUCGUUAUGAUAAUAAAUAUCUUAAUGAAGAUAUAUUAAAAAAUAUACUUCAUCAAAUAUGUGAUGUAUUAACAUUUAUGCAUAAAAAUGAUUUAGCACAUUUAGAUAUUAAACCAUCAAAUAUAAUGUUAUGUUAUUAUAAAAAUCAUGAAAUUUUAUAUAAAUUAACUGAUUUAGGACAUGUUAGUCAAAUAAGUUUAAAUUAUAUUGAUAAUGAUGGUGAUUGUCGUUAUUUACCAUUAGAAAUAUUACAAAAAUCAUCAAAAAUAAAUAAUUUAUAUUUAGAUAAAUGUGAUAUUUAUUCAUUAGGUUUAACAUUAUAUGUUUGUGGUACAAAUUAUAUUAUGCCAAAACAAGAUAAUGAAUGGGAAGAAAUACGUUUAAAUAUUUCAAAAUAUUUAUAUACAAUUAAACAAUGUUCAAAACAAUUUAAUCAACUUAUAUUUGAACGUAUGUGUAAUAUUGAUCCUAAACAACGACCAUCAGCUUAUGAAUUAUUAAUUGAUCCUCUUGUUAAUCCAACAAUACCAACAAGUCGUGAAUGUCUUCGACAUAGUUUAAAACAAGAACGUGAAAAAAAUUUAUUAUUAAAUAGAAAAUUACUUGAUCAAUAUAUUUUAACAAAUACAUCAGAUCUUCAAACAUUACCUGUAUAUAAUGAUAUUAAUAAUAGUGAUAUACAAUUACAACAAAAUUUUCAUUCUCCAAUACCACAAUAUACAUUAACACCAAAUAAUAAUUCUCGUAUAUUAUUAAUUAAUACACCUGGUUGUUCAACAAAUAUUAAUCAAUCAAUUGCAUCACCUAUAUCUUGUUCGACAUUAACAAUAAAACAACAACAAAGUAAAUCAACUAGUUCAAGUCCAUUACGUCAGUGCUAUUCCAGUGUCAUUUAA